GCCCGUGGCCAGGAGCACGAGCCCGGUUUCCUGCUCCCAUAGAAGGCCUGGAAGAUGGCAGUGGGGUUGCACAUCAUCUACGGCUCUGAGGUUUUUGUCCUCCUCUUCAACGUCACCGAAAUGCAGAGAACUUUGUGCCAUAGAGGAAAGCUCACAGGAGGCAAAUAUUCCUAAUGGGAAUGUGUUGUUCUUUGAAGAGUCCCGUCUGAGUUCUUUUGUCUUACAGGGAAACCCAGUGUCUGUAUCCUGGAAAUGGAGAAAUCUACCCCAGUUCUUCAAGUACUUACACGUGUGCUGAGCCUGAGCCCGUGAAUCAUCCAUUAAUGCCGAGCAUACACAGCCCUGUUUGGCACGUCAAGGUAGAACAAGAAAAAUGAGGUUUGGAGCUGUGGCGGUGCAGCAUGUGAAACGUUUACCUUCCAUCACGCGCAGAGGAUAACAGUUCUUUUCAAUAACUGCAUUUUGUGGGUGCUGUGAUAUAAUCUUCAAGUUCUUUCCAAGGUCGUAUUCUGAUGACAUUCCUAGCAAGAAAUUCCUAUAAAUGAAAGGGAACCAAAAUAUCUGCUGCUAAGCAUUGCCACAUCCAGCAGCAUGUGGAGGUGAUCAUGGAAUGACAGCUCCAUAACUGCAGAGGUCUCAUCAAGUCUUCUUCUGAAAUACAGAUGUCUUCAGCGUGAUGUGGAAUGCUUGUUCAGGAGAUUUCACAUAUGCAAACUGGAGCAAGGUGCCUUUUUGACUCUGAUAACUGUAGAAGGCACAUGGUUCUGAGAGAUAAGUGCUGGCCUUGAAUUUUUCUUUUGCUCUUAACAAAGAGCUGGGAACUUCUUGUUAGCCAUGCCAACUCCUGCAGCUCUUUGCUGUUUUCAUUUGUAGGUACCCUGAGUUUUGAAUGCGUGGCAAAAUGCACUCUACUCGUCCAGGCCCAGGCAAAGAAUUGCUUAAACAUCUACAGAAGUUCCUUGUUUUCUUCUUGAACUGGAUCCUGUAGCUGUGCUCAUUCUGACGAGGCCUUGGCAUCCACAAGGACCUCAAGACGGAAAGUGCAGUUUCCGGGGAAAGGAGCUUGCUGGUGGAGUAAGUUUGAAAAGAUUGUAGCAGUUCCAGUAAUUACUCAUUUCAUCAACCCAUCUAUAUUUAAAGAGGAAAAAAAUAAAAAAGCUCCUCCAGUGUUGUUUCCUGAAAAGACCAUUCUUAAGAGCUCGUUGGACAGCGCAGGACUCUUGAAGUGAUAGCUAAUUGGUGAAAGAAAGGCCCUGAUUGUCUUGAGGGAGCUGGAAAGUGCUGCGUGUGCUGCUGAAAGGGACUAGGGAGAAGGUGCCUGGUUUCGCCGAGCAGCUGCUGCUGGAGAUGUUUGGAGAUUACAUCAGCACUGGAAAAAAGGGGCAAAAAAAAAAAAAAAAAAGAAGUCCAACUUCACAGAGAGGGAGUUUAUGGAGGUUUUUUUUUUCCCCCCUCUCCCUCCUUCCAAAGGUCUUCUGACAAUACUGUCAUUGUCAAUAUAAGAGUUGUUAAUUCUUUAUGAAUAGCACAUGGGGCCUCUUGACUAAAUAGUACGUUACAUGUCCCAAAUCUGUCAGCUGGACUCUUCUCUCACAUGCUAGUGAGAUCACUUUGAUUGGAAUGUUAGAGGAAUCGCUGGGCUGGCUGUGCAGAACUGAAUACUGCAUUAUAUAAUUAGAUCUCCCAGACUAUUUUUUUCACAUUACCUCAUUAUUCUAGCUUAAACAUGGAAUCGGCCCUUUUGAUGAUUUUGCUGGUUGUAAUUAUAUUAAUACGAUUCAUUUUGUGGUCCUGUCUAAGUGCUUAUAUAGAUCAUAAACUGUCCCGAAGGUUUCCUGACGCAAGGAAAGAGGACUGAGAGACUUCAAAAGGCUCCUUAAACGGAGCUGGAGCAGCUUUUACCUUGGGGUCUGAUGAGAGAGAAAUGGCGUGCCGAGACUGCAACCGAGAGAGGACUCUUCAGAAAGCCACGUGCUGACAGAGGGGAAAGAGUGACAACUGAACCACUCAAAUGACUUCCUCUCCAUCUUGGGCAUGGGAACAUCUCCUUUCAGAUGGGUGUUAUACUAAGCCAAACAUCCUAAACCUUGCUGCAUACCCAACUCAGUUUGGCAUCUGCUUUCAAGAACUGUAUUUUCUGGUGUAAAAAUGGAAGGACUGUAUUGCUUUGCCUGAGGCCCACUCAUCUUUCUUUUUUUCUUUUUUUUUUAAGAAAAAAGUUCUUUUUGUUUGACAAAUUUCUCUGUCAUGUAAAAGUGAAGGCUGCCACUUGGUGUGCUUAAUUCUGUAUCUCUUGGUAGCUCACGUGAUGGUGUCAGAGCUCAGCUACAGAAUUCCCACCCAAAUUUCCCGACCCAUUCAUGACUCUCAUGUUCCUACAGGUUUGUAACUGUUAAUCAGCCCUUAUCACUUUGUGUUUGGAAGCCUCCUAAAAUUCAGACAUGAGAACUGGUCUGUGCUUAUGCAGGCUGAAUGUCUGGUCUAUUGACUUCAACCUCAGAUUUUGUUUGUGGUGGACGACCAAUGUACUGAACAGCCUGCAACACCUGAAAUGCAUGUCAUUGACUUGAAAUCCAGCCAGAUGACAAUAAAUUAA